AUGAACUCAGCUCAGCACCUGCUCCGGUCUCAGAGGGACUUGCUGCUGAGCUUGACUCUGGAUCACCCUGCUCCCUUGCUGCGUUGGCUGCGUGAUGCUGAGGUGCUUUCUCCUGCUCACUACCUGUCCCUGCUGGAGAGGUCACCAUCCAAUGCUGUGGCCCAGGCCAUGGAGAUGGUGUGUGCCACUGAGGAGAGCAGCCAAAAGUUCCUGCAGGUGCUACGGGAGGUGCAGGACUAUUACUGCAGAGAUCUCCAGCUCUGGGUGGAGAGACACUGCAGGGAAGGUGUCAGUAAGCCAGCGCCUGAACCUUUGAAAGUUGAAGAAAAGAAGCCUAAAGGUUUUGCUAAACUGUUCAAAGGAAAGAGCAAAGGAUUUACCCUGACUACUGAAGCAAAAGCAAAAGAACAACUGAGACCUAGCAGGAGUUUAAAGCUGGCCAACCUCCGAGUUCCUAUUUCUGCCCAUAAAACAACCCUGCUGAAACGCACAGAGCAGUUGAAGUGUUACUCAGAGGGAGAGGGAGUGGCUUCAAACUCAGCUUCUCACAUCGAGAUCCGCUACACUGACCUUUUCGUGACAGAAGAUGAUGACUGUGUAGACAGCAGCAAACAUGAGUACUUUGACCUAGCGAGCAGACGGGCUCGCAUCUAUGUUCAUCAGGCUUGCCAGCGUAUACAACCAUGCCAUUUAUUGGACCCCCAAGGGACAUCAGGACGGCCCCCUAAAAGGGUUAAAGUGAAGGGUAUUGCUGGAAUCGGAAAGAGCGUAGCAGUACAGAGACUCGUCUAUGAGUGGGCGAUCGGGAAGAACAUGCGUGAAUUCACCUGCAUUUUUGACCUACGCUUCAGAGAGCUCAAUCUGAUUGAAGCUCCACUGAGCUUAUUUGAGCUGCUUGGAGAACGGUUCCGGUACCUAAAGGAAGCACUACCUGAUCUCUUCACUUCACCAAGCUCUUUGCUCUUCAUCUUGGAUGGAUUAGAUGAGUUCAAAUUCACCUUGGACUGGAACAGUCCUGACAAAAACAUUGACUUUCGCUCAAAGGUGCCAGUGUCUGAGCUGAUGGUGGCUUUAAUCAAGGGAAGCCUUCUCCCAGAGGCAUCAGUCAUUCUCACAACAAGACCGUCUACUGAGGCACCCAAGCGUUUCUUCCAAAGAUGUAGUGUGGUGCUGGGCUUCGAGGAGGACCAGGUAAAAGAAUAUACCACCAAGUUCUACAAAGACGGAAAAGUUGCUGAAAAGGUCUAUGAUUAUAUCUUGAACAAUGACAGCCUUUUCGUGCUGUCCUUCAUUCCUCUUUAUUGCUACAUCAUCUGUACCGCGAUGGCUGAGUUCUUCUCUUCAGAAAAUCCAGAUGCGGGUGACUCAAAAUCUCUGGAUCUAAACCCGCCCAGAACGGUCAGCGAGGUUUACUUCUGCUACCUGUUUACAGCAAUCAAGCACCAUGCACUAAGGGGUAGUGCAGAGAGAAGCACCUCAAGAUCUGAGGUUCUCUCCCUAGCAAAGCAACAACUGACAAAGUUAGGAAAACUGGCCUAUGAAAACCUUCUUCAGAAGAAGAUCAUGUUCAGCAGAGCAGAUUUGGAGAAGUAUGAUGUUACACCUGGCGAUCUUCAGAGCACCUUUCUCUGUCAAAUCCUCCAGCCUGUCGAAGAGGAAACAGUGGAGAUGUUUUCUUUCUUUCACUUGACUGUUCAAGAACAUCUGGCUUCACUCUACUGUGCCGUCAACCUCUUCAGCCAGGAGGACAUAAUCCAAGCUCUUGACUUAUGGUGCUUCGGGCUACGCCCUCCAUCCUCCACAGCUGCACCCCUGAGAAACACAGACAUCAACAUGGACCAGCUGGAGAGUCUCCAGAUGUUCACACGCUUCUUCUUCGGGAUGCUCCGAGCUCGGCUGGCAGGUCAGUUGGAUGGCCUUGAAGUUUCCCCAAUGGAGCAAGGGGAUGGUAUCCCCACCAGGCUGGGUUUGUGGUUCCAAGAGCAAUUUAAGCACGGGGAGCUAAAGAACCAGGCAUCCCUAAAUCUUCUCCACUGCCUGAUGGAGUUCCACAUGAAGGAAGCCACCAGCCUGGUAGCACCAGAGAUUAAGAAACUGUACCUGUUUAAAAUGAAGCUGAGUGUAGUGGACUGUGCAGCCAUGCAUUACGUGCUGCAGUUCUCUCCACACAAACUCCAAGAGCUCAACUUGGGCUACUCCAACAUUGGAAACAGAGGCCUCAAAAGACUAUGGCCAAUCCUACAUCGCUGUGAAUCUCUCUAUUUGAGAUACAACUGCCUGGAUAGGCAAGCUGCUAUUUUGGAAUCUGCAGUUCUGAAGUCGAAUGAGUGCCAAGUGAAGAAGCUCUUUAUGUGUGGCAAUAACCUGGGACCAGACGGGGUUUUGGAGCUGUGGAACGCUCUUGAGCACAACACCACUGUGGAGGAACUUUAUCUAGACAUCACCGGCAUCACAGAACGAGGAACAGAAAACAUUGUCCACUGCCUCAGCAAAAACAAGGCUCUGAAGACACUGACCAUUGUUGGGAAUGACAUCGGAGAGGUGGGGAGGGCGAGGCUGAGGGAGCUGGAGAAAUGUCGACCUGGACUCCGGAUUAUUGCAAACUUUGUGGAUGACCUGGGAUUACUUCAGGCAUACCUGGACUGGGUGGAGGAGAUCCGGGAAGACAGAGAUCAGAUGGAUUCAGUGAAGAAUGCAGACGCCCUGCAGUCUGUGCUGAGAGGGCUCCAGGUGGCAGAAGAGCAGGUGGAGACAGGAGAGAACGCAGAGAAAGCCAAGGAGCUCAAGAAAAAUAUUUUAGAUUUGCUGGAGUCUUCUACAAAUCUGACCGGAGGAAGACAUGUUAUGUAGCAAGUGUUUGUAAAAGGUCUCCAUCUA